UAUGUAAAUUAUGGAGACCAUUGUCAAGUACUGUGAUAAAAAUGAUAUCAAACUAAUAGAAUCAGGAUGGCUUUUAUAUUGUCACAUAUUGGGUGUGAUUGGUAUCAUUUGGAGCUUCUUCUUAGAGUCAGAAAUGUUUUAUAAAUACUACUUAGUAAAUGAUUUCAUUAAAAUUUAGGCUUUCUUAAUCUGGCAUUGUCUUACAGGAUUAGGAAUUACAGGUGGAGCUCAUAGAUUAUGGGCACAUAAAUCAUAUAAAGCAUCAUGGCCAAUUAGAGUUUUCUUAAUGUUUAUGAAUUCAAAUUGUUUCUAAGGAAGUAUUUGGCACUGGAGUAGAGAUCAUAGACUUCACCACAAAUUUAGUGUAUAAACUUUAAUAUAUUUAUAGGAUACACCAUUAGAUCCACACAAUUCUUAAUUAGGAUUAUUUUUCUCUCAUUGUGGAUGGUUAUUGAAAAAAAAGAGUAAGGAAUUAGUUGAUGAAGGAAUGAAACUUGAUUUAUCUGAUUUGAAAUCUGAUUCUGUUGUAAUGUUUUAAAAGAGACAUUAUUAUAAAAUGGCAUUCCUAUGGGCAUUUAUCAUACCAACUUUGACUGGUUUAAUAAUAAGUGAUAAAUGGUUUUUCAGUCUUUUGUUUUUAGGUUUUGGAAAAUACAUCUUUACAUUGAAUGCAACAUGGUAUUGCUUAAUAUUAAUUUAGGUGUGUAAAUUCAAUCUGUCAUUUUUAUGGAAGUAGAAAAUGGAAUCCUAGAAUUGAACCAAGAGAUAACAUUUUUGUCUCAUUAAUAACUUUAGGUGAAGGAUGGCAUAACUGGCAUCAUGAAUAUCCAAGAGAUUGGAGAGCUUCUAAAAAUGAAUGGUGGAUGAUUAACCCAACAUGCUCAUUUAUUUAGAUGUGUGAAUAUAUUGGAUUAGUAAAUACAAAAAGAGCAAAACUAGAAGAAAAGGUGAAAUAUGAUUAUUGAU